AACCCGCAGGCACGGCGGCGGCCGCCCUCACCUGGAGCAGCGGCCUCGGCAGGGCCGCCACAGCCAGGGCAGGAGCCGCAGCCAGGGCGGGUGCCACUGCCGCCGGGGCACCCUCGGGGCGCGGGCCCGCGGCCACUCGCGUCUGGAGCCCCGACGCUGAGGGAGGCCUCGAGCGAGGUUCAGCGGAGCGGUGCGUGUCGGGCAGGCCGAGCCCGGGCCUGGAGCUCAUGACUUGCCUUCAGCUGAUCAGUUUGAAUUACUGAGUCGGUAUUCCAGGCUUGCUGACAAAUGGAUGACAGCUAUUCUAAAGAGUUUAACAGCAGCGGCGAUAAUUUUGGAGAAGAACAUCUCAAAAAGAGAAAUUUGACUGGUUCUAAUUCAUCAAAAGAGAUCAAGACAGCUGUUGAAGAGUGUCUGUUGUCAUCUUCAAGUGCUCUUGAUGUCAGCAGAAAAAAUAUUAAGCAUCUUACUGAGGAAAUAUAUAGACUGCCCAACAUAAAGUACUUUCAUCUGGAAGGAAAUGUCAUAUCAAUGAUUCCUGAAGAUUUAUUUCAAAAGCUGCCACAUCUUGUUUGGCUGGAUCUCCGGUAUAACAAGAUUAAAGCUCUUCCCCCUGGAAUCGGUUACCACAGGCAAUUGAAAACUCUGCUUUUAGAAAGGAAUCCUAUAAAGGAGCUACCCACAGAGCUUGGAAACUUAACGUCACUGACAGCCUUAAAUCUGAGACACUGUCCCCUUGAAUUUCCACCUAAAGAUGUCAUACAAAAGGGAUUAAAAUCCAUCCUGUGCUUUCUUCGGGAUUCUGGGAGUGGAAAACUGCUGUGUAUGGACCCAGCCACUUCAGAAAUGCCACCUGUUGAAAAGCUAAACUUAAGUGACGUGUUGCAGUGCGGUUUGGAUUUGUCAGAUGAGUGGCCUAAUGAAGAGGAAAAGCGAAGAUUUCAGAAACUGAAAGAAGACAUUAUAAAAAAAGAAAAAGAAGAAUUUCUUGCUGACGAAUGUGUAGGUGCAACCCAAGAUUUUACUGAAGCAGGGAAAAAGCAGAGGAAGAGGGAUGAGCUCCACCCGAGUCAGCUAGUCUUGGCAGGUGACUAAGCUUCCCGCAGUGGUGUGUGACAGGGAUCUUGCAAGUGCUGGGACACUCUGCGUUUCCACUGGGAAAUACAAAAGCAAUUUAAUAUUCAUCAUUGUACUCAUUGUCAAAUAUGUAUUUGAUGAAUAAAUG